AAGCUGCUAGAUUCUGACACUUUAGUUGCACUGGAAGCGAGGCCGGCUCGACACGCGUGCGAAUAGCAGACAAGAGAAGGAACCAGAACUUCCCUCUAAAGUGGAUUUGGAAUUUUAAGUACAACAUGACAUUUGAGGAAAUAAGUGGCGAUUACUCUCAUGAAAGAAUGGAUUCGGUAGCGAAAGCUUUAGAAGAGGUGCUGACCAAAGCUUUACCGCAGGGCUGCAUUACCGUGGGUGUCUAUGAGGCAGCUAAGUCCCUCAAUGUGGACCCCGACAAUGUAGUCUUGUGCAUCUUGGCGGCCGAUGACGAAGACGUGAAAGAUGUGGCCCUGCAGAUCCACUUCACGCUCAUCCAGGCUUUCUGCUGCGAGAAUGACAUCAACAUCCUAAGAGUGAACAACACCCGGCGCCUGGCUCAAGUUCUGGCAGCGGGAGGAGCAGGCGGGGGCAAGCAGAGCGGGGGCGAGCCCGUCGACCUGCACUGUGUGCUUGUCACUAGCCCUGACUCUUCUUCCUGGAAGGACCCCGCGUUGAGUAAAGUCAACCACUUCUGCAGGGAGAGCCGGUGUAUGGACCAGUGGGUCCCCAUCAUCAAUCUGCCGGAGCGGUGAAAAAGAAGAAAUAGACGUGAAAGGACGUUAAAUCGCACAUCAGAGCGGGCACCUUACCAGCCGCAGAUCAAAAGUUCCGAAGCACUACUUGGGUUGGAUAAAACAAAAAUGAAAAAAAGACAGACCCCGUUGUGUCGUUGGGAUGGAUUCACAAAAGGCAAAAAAAGACAAAAAAAAAGUGGGAAGUUGUUUCCCACUUGUUCCGGAGUUGCGUCUGGCCGUCGUUGUGUCGUCAUGGCUGACGAAAAUGGAGCCAGCUGGUUUGCUUUUGUUGGCGUUGCAGCCGGACGCAGCGUGGGAAGAAGGAUUACAUCAUAGUGUUGCUACAGAGCCCGCAUGACGCGUUUGAGGAAAGGCGGAGCGUCAGAUGGAGAGCCGAGGCCUCGGCGUCUCAGCUCAAAAAAAGCACUUAAAACACACUGGACCUUUACUAAUUGAUUUAACUUCAUUCAACUGUUCAUAUUGAUGUUGCUGUAAUUUAUAAAGGGAAGGGCUUUUACAAAUCCAGUGAAGUGUGUAUUUAAUAAUUCCUAUGCCAAGUACAAUUGUUGUAUUACAAUUUUAAGUUAUUUUCCAAUAUAUUUAAGUAUAUUUAUGUUAGGGUUUUUUUUUGUUUUUUUUUUACAUUUGCAGAAUUUGACUGGACGCGCACGUAUUGAUGUCAAUAAAAAGUAUUUGUUCUG